AUGGUACACACAAUUUCAACACUUGACGAACUUAAGGGAAAAUUUAGCGAAAGUAAAGAUAAAUUAGUCGUAUUGGACUUCUUCGCAACAUGGUGUGGACCUUGUCUUCGUAUAGCACCAGUCAUUGAAGGUUGGAGCGGUGAAGAUGAUUUCAAAGAUAAUGUAGUUUUUCUUAAAUGUGAUGUUGAUGAAGCUGAAGAUGUUGCAAAAGAAUAUGAAAUUGAAGCUAUGCCAACAUUUGUUUUGUUUAAAGGUGGCAAAGAAGUCGAUCGAGUUGUUGGUGCUAGUAGUGAUAGUUUAAAAGCUGCUAUUACUAAAAACAAAUAA